AUGGCUUCCCACUUCUCUCUCUCCUCCGUCUCUCUCCUCACCCUCCUCUCUCUCCUUCUCACCGCAACCGCCUCGCCGGACACAGCCUCCACAGUCAUCGGCGCCACCUACUCCGCCUCCACCGCCGCAACCUACCCCACCCCGCCGACCCCGGAGCGCGUGGCCUCCGCCGUCUCCUCCCUCGGGCUCUCCUCGCUCCGCCUCGACGUCUCCGACCCCGGCCUCGUCCGCGCCUUCCUCUACUCCAACACCACGCUCCUCCUCACCAUCCCCAACGCGCUGGUCCCGCCACUCGCCGCCAACCGCUCCAACGCCAUGCGGUGGCUCUACGCGCACGUCGUCCCCUUCUUCCCGCGCACCAAGAUCGCCGCCAUCUCCGUCGGCAACGACGUCCUCGAGUCCACGCCGGAGUUCUCGCAGUUCCUCCUCCCGGCGAUCCAGAACGUCCACCUGGCUCUCCUCGACCUCGGGAUCCGCAAGAUCUCCGUCUCCACCACCUUCUCCUUCGUCAACGUCGUCACGACGCCGUUUCCUCCCUCCGCCGCGCAGUUCCAGGACGCGCCGCUCGAGACGGUGAUCAGGCCUCUGCUUCAGUUCUUGCGCGACACCAACUCCUCCUUCUUCAUCAACGUCUACCCCUACAACCUCUACCGGCUCCGGAGCGAGAUUCCGAUCGGGUUCCCUCUCUUUCAGGAGCACCCGUUCAGUUUCCGAGACGACAUGACCACCGGCGUGCGCUACCGGAAUCUCUUCGACAUGAUGGUCGACGCCGUCAUCUCCGCCAUGGCCGUCGCCGGACACGAGAACAUUCCGCUGAUCGUGACGGAGACGGGUUGGCCCAGCUCCAGCACCGACCCGAGAGAAGUCGACGCGAACCCGGUUUACGCGGAGCUCUACAUCAAGGGGCUAUUGGGCCACCUUAGGUCGGGUCGGGGCACGCCGCUCCGAAAAGAAGGGGUGCCUCUGGUUUACAUCUAUGAGCUGAUUGAUAAGCAAGUGAGGCAGGGACGCAACUGGGGAAUUCUGUUUCCGAAUAUGACCAAGAAGUACAAGAGCGUUGACUACAGCUCUGGCUCUGAUAGCGUUCUUGGGGGUUUCGGAUUCUUGAAGAUGGUGGUUGGUCAAUUCUUGGUCUUUGCUUUCCUCUUGCGUGGUAAUGCUGCUAUUUCUCUGCUCUAG